GCGGCCCCGCCCCGCUCGGACGGCGCUGAGCAGCAGGAGGCGCGGCAGGACUCCAUUCAGCACCGGAGAGCUGUCCGCCGCGGGCCGGGCUGCCGAACCUGACGGUGCGGGAGGAGAAGCGGAGCCACCCCGGGCUGCCGGAGAGCACCAGCCGCCCAGCAGCGCGCAGAGACCCGCAGGUGAGGAUGGCCAAGGUGAAGCAGGUGGGCCUCCUGGCGGCGGGCUGCCAGCCCUGGAACAAGGACGUGUGUGCAGCUAGCGGGGACCGCUUCGCCUACUGCGCUACUCUGGCCAUCUACAUCUACCAGCUGGACCAGCAGUACAAUGAAUUCAAGCUGAGGUCCAUCAUGUCGGAGCACAAGAAGACCAUCACCGCCAUCAGCUGGUGUCCCGACAACCCGGACCUGUUCGCCUCGGCCUCGGCUGACAACCUGCUCAUCAUCUGGAACGUAGCAGAGAAGAAGGCCGCGGCGAGGCUGGACAACACCAAAGGGGUCCCCGUCUCCGUCAGCUGGUGCUGGAACUCGGCGGACGGAGUGGCGUUCGUCUCCCAGCGAGGUCCGCUCUACAUCUGGGACCACCGAGGUUCUGACCCGGGAGUCACGGUGCACAAAGAGGCCCACUCCUUCCUGUCGGACAUCUGUCUGUUCCGCUGGCACCCCACCAAGAAAGGCAAGCUGGUGUUCGGGCACACAGACGGGAGCCUGUCGGUGUUCCAGCCAGGGAGUAAAAGCCAGAAGCACGUCCUGCGUCCAGAGGCGCUGGAGGGGACGGACGAAGAGGACCCAGUCAGCGCCCUGGAGUGGGACCCUCUGUCCACCGACUACUUACUGGUGUCUAACCUCCACAACGGCAUCCGGCUGGUGGACAGCGAGGGUCUGGCCUGCAUCACGUCCUUCUGCUUCCCCUCGGCUGCUGCGUCCGUCCAGUGUCUGGCCUGGGUCCCCUCGGCCCCGGGCAUGUUCAUCACCGGAGAUUCACAGGUCGGCGUGUUGAGGGUUUGGAACGUGUCUCGGUCCACGCCGCUGGACAGCUUCAAGCUGAAGAAGACAGGAUUUCAUGCUCUGCACGUCCUCAACUCCCCGCUCGCCAAGAAAGCUCAGAGCUCCUGUUCUCCCAGUAAAAGCCAGCACACCAGUUCCACCAGCGAGGCGGUCUCCCCCCCGACGCUGUCCCAGAACCGGGCCUUCUCCCUGCCGCCCGGCCAAGCCGUCUGCUGCUUCAUGGACGGCGGCGUCGGACUCUACGACAUGGGCGCCAAGAAGUGGGAUUUCCUGCGAGACUUGGGUCACGUAGAAACCAUCUUUGACUGCAAAUUUAAACCCGAUGACCCCAACCUGCUGGCGACGGCUAGUUUUGAUGGAACCAUAAAGAUCUGGGACACCAACACGCUGACGGCUGUUUAUACCUCGCCCGGCAACGAAGGCGUGGUUUACUCGCUGUCCUGGGCUCCAGGAGACCUGAACUGCAUCGCAGGCGCCACGUCUCGUAACGGAGCGUUCAUCUGGGACGUCAGGAAAGGGAAGAUCAUCACCCGCUUCAACGAGCACGGUAAGAACGGCAUCUUCUGCAUAUCCUGGAGCCACAAAGACUCCAAGAGGAUCGCCACGUGCAGCGGAGACGGCUUCUGCAUCAUCCGAACCAUCGACGGGAAAAUCUUACAUAAAUACAAACAUCCUGCAGCUGUUUUCGGCUGCGACUGGAGCCAGAACAACAAGGACAUGAUAGCGACCGGCUGCGAGGACAAGAACGUGCGGGUCUACUACCUGGCCACCAGCUCGGACCAGCCUCUGAAGGUCUUCACCGGACACCUGGCCAAGGUGUUCCACGUCCGCUGGUCUCCGCUCAGAGAGGGCAUCCUGUGCUCCGGCUCGGACGACGGAACCGUCCGGAUCUGGGACUACACCCAGGACGCCUGCAUCAACGUGCUGAGCGGCCACACGGCUCCCGUCAGAGGCCUGAUGUGGAACACCGAGGUUCCUUACCUCCUGAUCUCAGGUUCCUGGGACUACACCAUCCGAGUGUGGGACACCAGGGACGGGACGUGUCUGGACACGGUCUACGACCACGGAGCGGACGUCUACGGUCUGACGUGCCACCAGAGUCGUCCCUUCACCAUGGCCAGCUGCAGCAGAGACAGCACCGUGCGCCUCUGGUCCCUCACGCCCCUCAUCGCUCCUCUGCUGCUCAACGUCCUCACCGAGCAGCCCUGGGACAAGAUCGUGGGAAACACGGACACGGCGAUGGUCCCCGGCUCGCCGCCGCUGCUCUGUGGGAAGGUGUCCCGGGACAUCAAGCAGGAGCUGGACAAGCUGAGCGGGGACGUCCGGGCCAAGAAGCUGCGCUGGUUCUCUGAGUGCUUCUCUCCUCCAGGGGGCAGCAGCAACCUGUGGGACCUGGUCUUCGUCAUCAACGGGCAGGACGACUCCCUGCUGCCUGCCAGCUACAGCAAAGGCGUGAUGCACAUGAAACACCUGGUCAAGUUCAAGACGUCGGAGGCCCAGGAGCUCACCAUCGUCAAGAUGUCCAAGUUCGGAGGAGGGAUCGGCGCUCCCAGCAAAGAGGAGCGUCUAAAGGAAGCGGCGGAGAUCCACCUGAGACUGGGUCAGAUCCAGCGGUACUGUGAGCUGAUGGUAGAACUGGGCCAGUGGGAGAAGGCCUUAUCCGUGGCGCCUGGAGUCUCCAUGAAGUACUGGAAGAAGCUCAUGCAGAGACGGGCCGACCAGCUGAUGGCCGAGGACAACGACGACGCCAUCCCGUUCUGCGUGGCCACCGGAGACAUCGGCAAGCUGGUCUCCUUCUUCACCAGCAGGGGGCAGCUGCUGGAAGCCGUGCUGAUCGCACAGGGAGCGUGCGAAGGCAACAUCCGUUCUCCGCAGAGUUCCUCCGUCAACCACACGACCAACGACCUGGACAGCAGGCAGCAGUACCAGAGCCUCCUGCAUGACGUCUGUAAGGAGCUGGCAGAGUGGUACUUUCAGGACGGCAGCUCGGUCCUGGCCGCCUGCUGCCACCUGGCCGUCGACAACAUCCAGCUGGCCAUGGCCGGCCUGAUCCGGGGGAACGAGCUGGAGCUGGCUGCGUGCGUGGGGCUGGUGCUGGGCGACGCGGCCAAUCAGAGCACGGCGUACUGCCUGGAGCUGCUGGCCAGGAAGUACAUGACCUCCCCAACAUGGGCGCUUUCUGCAGACCUGCUGCAGAUGAUCCCUGACAACCACGUGUUGCUGGCCAAGCUGUGCGCGUUUUACCCGGGAAGCACCGCAGAAAUCAACCAGCUGCACCACAGGUGCGGCCUUCCUCCCCUGGAUGAGUGUAAGGCUCUGGCAGAGGAGGCUGCGGGGGAAGGAGACCUCUUCUCUGCCGUGAAGUUCCUCCUUCUCAGCCCUGAACCUGAGGAGGCGCUGCAGAGGGGCAUCGACUUCGUUAAAGAGCAGCUGUCCGGAUCUGAUUGGACGGUGGACGGCGUCCAGCCAAUCCUGGAUCUGAUGAGCUACAUCCGCACCGACCGCCUCGUCCUCACCAGGCUGACCCAAGCCCGCAGCGAGCUGCUGAUCCUGUGUGGCUACGUGGGCGCGCUGCUCGCCAUCAGGAGAAACUACCGCAGCAUCGUUCCUGCUCUCUACGAGUACACCAGCCAGCUGCUGAAGAGGAGGGAGGUGUGCGUUCCUCUGAAGAUCGAGCAGCUGUCGGUGGAGCUGGAAGCCUGGAGAGCGAACACGCAGCCCAGCAGCAGUCCGGCGUCAGAGAGUCAGAGAGAGGAGUUCAGCUGCCUGGAGCGGAGGAUCCUGCCAGCAGAACCAGCCGGCCCGGUUCUGAUUGGAGCCGAUUACGUGACGGGUUCCAACCUACCGAGCCACUCGGACCUUCACCUGUCCUGCUUCACCGGACACAGAAUCCAGGGCCCGGUGUUCCUCCUGGAGGACAACAAGUCGGCCAUUUCUCUCAACGACGCUCUGAUGUGGGCCAAGGUGAACCCGUUCUCUCCGCUCGGAACCGGAGUCCGGAUCAACCCGUUCUGACCUGCACAGGGGAACCGCACACAGAACAGUAUUACCAGAGAACCCAGCGGAACCGUUAUGCCUGUCAGCAGAAACCAAGUAGACCCACUUUAUCGGCCAGAGUUCUGCCUUCCAGAACCUAAUUUAGAACAUUUUCCACCGUCUCGUUAUUCAUUUAAAAAAAACUGAAGCAGGAUGUAGAACUCAGAGAGAAGCGGAGUCCCCCUCAUGAUCCAUCAGCCGGUAGAACCUGCUGCAGUCUGUAGAACCUGCAGCUGCCUGUAGAACCUGCUGCAGCCUGUAGAACCUGCAGCUGCCUGUAGAACCUGCUGCAGUCUGUAGAACCUGCAGCUGCCUGUAGAACCUGCAGCAGUCUGUAGAACCUCCAGCAGCCUGUAGAACCUCCAGCUGCCUGUAGAACCUGCAGCUGUCUGUAGAACCUCCAGCUGCCGGUAGAACCUGCUGCAGUCUGUAGAACCUCCAGCUGCCUGUAGAACCUGCAGCUGUCUGUAGAACCUCCAGCAGCCUGUAGAACCUGCAGCUGUCUGUAGAACCUCCAGCUGCCGGUAGAACCUGCAGCAGCCUGUAGAACCUGCAGCAGCCUGUAGAACCUGCAGCUGUCUGUAGAACCUGCAGCAGUCUGUAGAACC